AUGUUAAGACAUCUUGCACUCGGCAAUAAACUAUAUACACCCGAACUAUCAAGGAGUAUAUCCAGACAAAAUGUCAUAUCUCCACUCAAAUCGUGCAUAAGAUCAUACUCAUCGAAAGACCCAUGGGAAGGCAUUGAAAUACGGAUGAAGAAGAAGCCCGCGCCAUCUUCCAACAUUAAAGAAGAUCCACCCCGAGAAUCAGAGAGGGAUGUUGUCACAGCCAAGGAACAUGCUGAAAAACCCAAAGAGAUCAAACACGAAGAGAUCAAACCGAAAGAAAUCAGACCCAACAUCAACUUAGACUUUGAUGAAUAUCGUAAAAAACUAUUACCCCAACAAGAUAGAUCCCGAUUACCCGACUGGCAAAAGCGGGACAUAUCAAUCAAGAAAAGAUAUGGAACCUGGCAACCAACCCAUAAAUUAAGUCGAGAAAAAAUGAAUGCAUUAAGAGAUUUAAAAGAUUUACACCCACAAAUGACGACCAAGGAAUUAGCUGAUGCGUUUGGGAUUUCACCGGAAGCGGUUAGGAGAAUAUUGAAAUCGACUUGGAUCCCUAGUGAUGAAGAAGAGGAUCGAAUACUUUUGAAACAGACACAAGAGAAGUUGUUGCUGAAGUAUUAUAAGAGAGAAUAUAGGGAAAAGUUACGUUCACAGAUGAAAGAUGGUGAACGAGAUGGAUUUGGAAGUAGAAGUGGAGGUGUAUUUGCAAGUAGAAGUGGAAGUGGUGGAGAUAGAAGUAGACCAAGAAAACCAUCAUUGCUUGAUAUAAUGAAUCAUAAUAACGAUUGGAAGUUUUGA